ACUGAAGCUGAUUGGGAGUUUAUCAUGGCAUCCGCCACACCAGUGGUGCAAGCCCAGACAUAAAGGAAAGGAUGCCCAAGGAACCGCAUGCCAAACCUUCCGAGGUGGGAAGAAAGGCCAAAGCAGCAAAAGCUCCUCCACCACCACCUCCCAAUCGUCCCCAACAAUGUCACUUUUACGUUGCUCGCAAACAUCGGUAUUGCAGUCUGCCGGCCAAGCGAACCAACAAAUAUUGCGGAGAACAUUUAAUUGAGCAGCAAAAAGACGGCACCGACGAGAUCUCCAAUAAGCGUAUUCCUUGUCCUUACGAUCCAUCCCACACCAUUUUUGAAAAGGACUUGGACAACCAUUUAAAGACACGUUGUAAUUCGCGUCCGAAACCACCAGAGGAACAUUAUGCGGUCAAUGUCAACUGCACGCUGCCCUUGUCGCAGGAGGAACUCGAGUUUCAGAAAACGUUAAACUUGCACAAAGUCAUGAAAACGCAACCAUGGAUUGCCCGUAUACGACUGGCUGAACUCCCGAAACAAGAGUUGGAUGAAUUGAUCGUCAAAGUGCAAAAAGCCUAUACGGAUCACGUUCCCACCAUUGAAAAGGAUGUGCAAACACAUGAAGCGACUAUGGAUCGAAGACAAGCAGUUCAGAUUACGAAACACAUCGAUCAACAGUCAUCUCUGUUGGGUCACAUGAAAUUGGCGGGCAUGCUAGACGACAAGAAAGCAUGUUUUAUAGAGUUUGGUGCGGGUGAAUUGUCCAACUACUUGAAAGCGGCGGUGGCGGAAGAAAACGGAGAAGCCACAUAUGUCCUGGUAGACCGGAAAAACGUUCGUGGAAAGUAUGAUCCGGCUCUUUUGGGUCGUGGAACGAACCCUUCGACGGUGCAGCGGAUACAAAUUGACAUCAAAGAUUUGGAUCUAUCCAAAGUCAAAUCGUUACUGGACAGUGAUGGACGCAAAAAGAAAAUGGUCGCAUUGUCAAAACAUCUGUGCGGUAGCGCCACGGAUAUCACGCUGAAAUGUUUAAUGAAUUACGUGGAUCAUGAACGAGCAACAGGAAACAAUCCGCAACCCAUAUCGGGGAUCAUUAUAGCUCUGUGUUGUCAUCAGCUUUGCCGAAUUGAAAUGUAUCCGAAUACGGAAUACUUGAAGCAGAUUGGUUUAAACAAGUUGGAUUUUGAUCGCAUGUGCAAGAUGAGCAGCUGGGCCAUUUGCGGUCGACCUGCUGAAGCCCAGGAGGACGAACAUAGUGAAAUGACACAAGAAGCCGCUGAUGCCGAUUUGACAAGUGGUCAUUAUUCUGGACGAGAUCAUGUGGAGCGAGAGAAAAUUGGUUAUCAAUGCAAGCGGGUACUGGAUGCCGGACGAUUGGAAUUCUUGCAGCAACAUGGAUUUGAGACCCGAUUGGUUUAUUACGUGGAUCCAGAGACAAGCUUGGAGAAUUGUGCGUUGAUCGCGGUUCCCCAGCAAUAAUAACCCGUAAAAUUCAUUGAGGCUGUGUGCAUGCGCACUUGGCUAAUAUGGUAAUUUCUUUUUUCUCGGAUGAGGAUUAUCCGGAAUGAACUUAAAAAAGAAAAGAAAAAAGACGGCUAGACAGAAAAAAAAAAAACAACAUUGAUGCUGCGGCCCAUUUUUUUAUACCACAUGGAGCGGAUCAAUUCUGGAAAAGAGUUUCUGAGAAUAAAAAAAAAAAGGAAACCGAUUAAACCAUCUCUUUUUUUUUUUUUUUUUGAUCUGUGG